GGAAUGAAGGAUGGCAACCCGCCGUGCAUUAAAAGCUGUUUUGGUGGAUCUCAAUGGCACACUUCACGUUGAAGAUGCAGCUGUGCCAGGCGCGCAGGAAGCUCUUACAAGGUUACGUGGUGCCUCAGUCAUGAUUAAGUUUGUGACCAAUACAACCAAAGAGAGCAAGCAAGAUCUUUUGAAAAGGUUGCAAAACUUGGAGUUUGAUAUCUCUGAAGAUGAAAUAUUCACUUCUCUGACAGCAGCCAGAAAUUUAGUAGAGGAGAAACAAGUCAGGCCCAUGCUGCUCGUUGAUGAUCGGGCAUUACCUGACUUCAAAGGAAUCCAAACAAGUGAUCCUAAUGCUGUAGUCAUAGGAUUGGCACCAGAACAUUUUAAUUACCCAGUUCUGAAUCAAGCUUUUAGGUUACUCCUGGAUGGCGCGCCUCUUAUAGCUAUUCACAAAGCCAGGUAUUACAAGAGAAAGGACGGCCUUGCCAUGGGGCCUGGACCAUUCGUGGCUGGCCUAGAGUAUGCCACCGACACCAAAGCUACAGUGGUGGGAAAACCCGAGAAGACGUUCUUCUUGGAGGCCUUGCGGGGCACCGGCUGUGAACCCCAGGAGGCCGUCAUGAUAGGCGAUGAUUGCAGGGAUGAUGUUGGUGGCGCUCAGAAUGUCGGAAUGCUGGGCAUCUUAGUCAAAACUGGGAAGUAUCGAGCAGCAGAUGAAACAAAAAUUAAUCCACCUCCUUACCUGACUUGUGAGAGCUUUCCCCACGCCGUGGACCACAUUCUGCAGCAUCUGCUGUGAACCAUGAUGCGAACCUGAAGCAGCUGGAGACCCUGCCUGGCCUGGUCCAGAAUGAAUCCCUUCCC